AACAUGCUAAAUCAGAUCAUGCUUUAUUUGGGGCAUUGGAAAAUUUUCAAGAAAACCCACAUCUCUGGUAGCUUUGAGCUUCUUUAUUGCACUUGAUGUUAAACUUGUAACACAAAUGAUUUCUAAGCCUAGUUUUAUUUUCUGGAUGUGUAUGUAGAUGAAUAUAUUAAGUGCAGAGCUUAGUUGUUGAUGCUGAGACUACUUUAUACUGUUUUCUUAGAGAGGUUCUCUCACGUUGCUAGGACAUGGAUGAAGUGUCUGUAGCGUGAACAUGUCAUAUCUUUUAAGAUGUUCUACUUCAAAGUGGUCACAUGCUGCGCAAACCACAGCAUGCACCCGCAAGGGCCACAUACUGCUUAUGCACAAGGGUGAGCUACAGGUGCCUGAUCCAUUUGCCACGCAGAUGCCCUUGUCACUGCAGUGCAUCCCACACAGGCACCCUUGCCCCCACUGCUGUACUGCAUAGGCAGUUCCUCAUCCCAUCCCUUCCUUUGCCUCCUCCACCACUGCACACACGCCCAUGUGGGCACCCCUUCUGCCACUGCACUCUGCACCUGCACAGCUUAGAUCCUCCCUGCACAUCUCCCUGCACACUAUUCCCAUGUCCAAGGGCAGGAAGCAGCAGCUGGGGACAGAAAAGAUUGCAGUGUGUUACAUGUUUAGCAGUAACGGGAAAGAAUUGUAAGGAAAAAGAACUGGAAGAAUGUUACAUUAUAGAUAGGUGAAGGACAAAGCCUUGGCUUGGAUAAGCUAGUGGGGCUGGUCCUGCUUUGAGCAGGGGGUUGGAUUAGAUCUGACCAACUGAGGUCCCUCCCAACCCUCAUUUUCUAUAACCCAGCAGAGGAGGUGCCCAGGGGACUGCUGUCUGGGGAAGACAGCCGUAGGUGCCCUUGCCUGCCUCCUGUUUCUGCUCUGAACAAGAUGUUAUCGCAGUAGACCUUGUACAUUGCAAGAUCUUGUGUUCAUCCAAGUUCUGCAAACAAGAAGAGCGUGUGGUUUCUGCUCUAUGUAAUGAGACAGGCUACGUGGACCUAAAAUAGAUCAGCACACUUGUGGGUUCUUAAAGCUUCUCACUGAAGACUUUUGAGUUGCAGAGAGAAGAAAUGGAUCUUGCAAAUGAAGAUGCAAUGCCCAGCACUAUGUUUGAUUGGGAUUAUCUUCUCUGGGAAGUUCGUUUAUUUUUAGUAGCAGCUGGCUUUUUCCUCUACUUAGGAGUGUUUCUUUUGUCACACUUGUUGUCCUCCUGGAUCAGUGUCACUUACCGUAACUUUUCAUCAAAGGAGAAAGUCUUCUGGAACAUAAAAGUCACACGUGGUGUUUUUGGACUUCAAAGUUGGGUUUCUGGCUUGUGGGCCUUACUCAUAGAUCCCGUUUUUCAAGCUGACAAAGUAUAUUCACAGCAGAAAUGGAGCUGGUUUACCUGUUUAAUAGCGUCUGGAUUCUUCUUGCUUGAAAAUGUAGUUGUUCAUCUAUCUAACUUGAUUUUCAAGACAUUUGGUGUAUUUGUAGUAGUGCAUCAUUUCCUUGCUUUUGUUGGCUUGCUUGGUCUGAUACUUAACACCAAGUCUGGACACUACCUACCCUUGAUGGGCAUGCUACUUGAGAUGAGUACUCCGACCACCUGCAUCUCCUGGCUGCUUUUAAAGGCUGGCUAUUCUCAUACCAUUUUCUGGAAGGCAAAUGAGUGGCUAGUGAUCCAUCUGUUUCACUGCCGUAUGAUGCUUACUUAUCACAUGUGGUGGGUGUGUAUUUCCAAUUGGAAUGAUGUGGUGGAAAACCUUGGACUUCUGUAUUUUAUUGUCUUAUUCCUGGGAUUAGUUUCUGUGUCAAUUAUUUUUAACCCUUACUUGAUGUAUAAAAGGACGAUGCAUGUUGUCAGUCCAACUGACUGGAACUUUCCACAUGCAGAAGUGAAAACUGGACAGUCUGGAAAGCUGAAUGGUGAAACAAUCCAAAAGAAGAGGAUAUAAUAGUGAAACAGCUGGCUGUUAGCUUAGAAGCAAAAUAACACCAGAAGAAUAUAAUGCAAAUAGAGCUGCACUGAUACAUCAGUCCGAUAUCCAUAUCAGCUGAUAUACCUCCUUAAAAAUUGGCUAUUGGUAUCGGC